AUGAGCGAGUCGAUCUACGACGUCACUCGCCGCAUGACGUUGGGCGGUGGGAGGGGCAACACCAACGUGGACUUGGAGUCGAUCAAUCAAGAGCCCGGCUCUUUCGUCCCCGCCUUCUUUUUCCCCACGGGAGCUAUGGGAGACGCUGAGAACGUCAGUGAUGACGGAUACUUGGAAAGGGUGUUUGAAUCGCUGUCGAUGAAGCCCGGCAAGUUGGACCCAGAGGCUCUUCCGGCGAUGGAUGAUGCACUGCAGACGAACAUAUUGGAUGAGGCAGCCGAUGUUGACUUCCAGUACUGUUGCCAACAAACACUACAAGAACAGCAACAGGAGCAGGAGGCAGGCAAGAGGGAACAACAGCAAUUGGACCAGCCACACUCCAGCGGCCAGACUGACUCAUUUGAAGGCGUAAGCCCGCUGUAUGAAACAACACCGCACUCAUUGGAACACGCGGAUGCAUACAUCAAAUACCCCGUGCCAUCAACGCCAUUUUCUACCAACAGUGAGAUGGCAAGUGAGUCACAGGCUUCUGAAGCCAAUGUGUACACGUCCAUCACAGCAUUACCAAUACAGGGGAGAUCACUAGACUUUCGGGGUUUUUUAUCAAAAAAACAAGUGGCUUCUGAUAUUCUGAAGGAAAAUUCUGUCGGUGUCUUUGUUGGUCAAUUACCUUCAACGUAUUCAGAAGAAGAUACUGCCGCUCUUCUUCGAGCUAUUGGCGCGGAUGCUGGAGUGUCAGUUCACGUACGGGACGUCAAAAGCCACAAUCAAAGCCGUACCUGUGCAUUUGUGGUUGUCAACCGCAGCGCCUUGCCAGUGCUUCUUGGUUAUUCCAAGCGUGUAUUGUGUGAUGUGUCUUGCGUCUGGGUUGUGGAGCGGGAACAGGCCGCCCACUUGAAGGAUUACAUCAAUGGUUUUGUGAGGGAUCGUCUUCGUGGUGUCCCUAAGGCCGCUCUUGUACUGGAGGAAUUAACUCCACAGUACAUGCGAAGCCGCACCUCUGCUAGUAAAGGGGGGAAAUCGAGUAAUCGACAUAAGGGAGACGUGGGUGCUGUCCCAGAGAAUUUUUUAAUUGCCACAAAUGAUGUUAACUCCAUCAUAACUUCUCAUCCACUGGCAAUGAAUUUCGUUGUACCUGGAUGGAAUUCUAUGGAUACGUCGGCUCUUUCUUUUCGUCCCAUUUCAAACAACACUGGUGUCACGCCGUUUUUGAACAAUAAUCCCGCUCCAAACAUUCCCGGUGUAUUGCAGAACCAUAUUUUGCCCACAACACUGUCGCCAUCGGUGGUUGCCCCCGUCCCGCAGGUCAAUUAUUAUGUUAUUGGGGCUCCUCCAAACGGAUUUCAGGGCCUUCCACCAAAUCAAAUAAAUACCAAGGUAUUUUCUGCACCCGCAGUCAAUGGGGGUGGCAAUGGAACUGGGAAUGUCGGUCUCGGCAACUCGGGGACUUCUUUUCCAUCAAGUUUGUCGGAUUUUGGUGCUUCCUAUAACGCAGUUCCGCCGCCCCCAAAACUUCCUGAGGGAGUUUCACGCUGUUCUACUUGUCUCUCGCCUAUUGGUGCGAUGGAGCCUGUUUUUUUGUUUCCUCAAGACAACACGGUGAUGUGCAUGCGUUGCAGUAAUCAGCGAGGUGCUUGCGGGGAUGCGGCGCAGGCCACAAGGGGAAUGACACCGUUUAUUGUGCCCCAGUCGAAC